AUGCCAUUGACAAGUAUUACCAAUUUACAUCCCAGUACUUUUCUUCUCCUUGGCAUUCCAGGUAUGGAAGCCAUGCACAGCUGGCUAUCAAUGCCCUUCUUUCUUGUGUACAUUAGUGCUCUCCUGGGAAAUUUAUCUAUUCUAUUUAUCAUUAGAACAGAUUCCCACCUGCAUGAGCCCAUGUACUUCUUCCUUUGUAUGCUCUCUGUGGCUGACUUGAUCAUCUCCACUACUGCUAUGCCAAAAAUUCUCAGCAUUUUUUGGUUCCAUGACAGGGAGAUCUAUUUUGAAGCUUGUCUUCUACAAGUAUUUCUCAUUCAUUCACUAUGUAGCAUGGCCUCAGGGUUCAUCUUGGCGAUGGCCUUUGACCGGUAUGUGGCAAUCUGCAAUCCUCUGAGACAUUCUACUAUCCUGACACACAGAAUCAUCAAGAACUUGGGGCUGGCUAUUGCCUUCCGGGGGGCUGUGCUUUUUAGUCCUCAACCCUUCAUGCUUCGUUGGCUUUCCUACUGCAGAACUAAUAUUAUCCCUCACACGUACUGUGAAUUUAUGGCUCUGAUCAAGCUUGCUUGUGCAGAGACCAGGAUCUACAGAAUAUACAGCCUAACUGCUGCCUUCCUUACUGGAGGUUUAGAUUUCAUAUUAAUCCUAUGCUCCUAUACUGUCAUCCUUUACACUGUCUUCCAUCUUCCAUCUAAGGCUGCUUGGCUCAAGACCUUGGGCACCUGUGGAAACCAUGUGUGUGUAAUAUUAGUAGCCUAUACACCAGCAUUUUUCUCUUUCCUCACUCAUCGGUUUGGACACCAUGUAGCUCCUCACAUUCAUAUUUUUGUGGCUAACAUCUACCUGCUUGUUCCACCUAUGAUGAACCCAAUGAUCUAUGGCAUAAGAACCAAGAGAAUCAGAGACCGAUUCCUCCAAGUUUUGACUUCUCCCAAAUUCUAA